UCCGGGAACCCAUAGAGCGGGAGGGCGAAGGUUACAAACAACAUGGCUGAAGACAUGCAGAAGGAGAAUAGUGUUGUUGCUUAUCUGCAAAAUAGAGAAGGAUGUUGCUGAUUUUAUUAGCACUUCACCGUCCUUUCACAAAUUAAAACAUGACGGACUACAGAUGGACUACAGCGAUGUUUGAACAAGAAAUAACUUGCCUUUAGUAUUUAAAACAACUAGAAAUUAAGGAUUUAAUGCAACUGAACAAAAACACCGCAGUUUGAGAGGGUUUCAGUGAAUACAUUGAAAAGCAGGAUGAACCGCAAGAAAGACAAGGGCUUUGAGAGCCCACGACCAUAUAAACUGACCCAUCAGGUUGUCUGCAUCAACAACAUAAAUUUUCAGAGGAAGUCUGUCAUUGGUUAUGUGGAGCUGACCAUUUUUCCAACAGUGAUGAACCUGAACCGUAUUAAAUUGAACAGCAAACAGUGCCGUAUCUACAGGGUGAGAGUGAAUGAUCUUGAAGCUCCAUUCAUUUACAAUGAUCCCACGCUGGAGGUGUGCCAUCAUGAAUCCAAGCAGAGGAACCUGAACUAUUUCUCCAGUGCUUACACAGCAGCAGUUAGUGCUGUGGAUCCAGAUGCUGGGAAUGGGGAGCUUUCCAUUAAAGUUCCUUCUGAGCUCUGGAAACAGGGAGAUGAGAUGAAAGUUAUGAAAGUUUACAUUGAAUUCUCAUUGGAUCAACCGAAAGGAGGGUUGCAUUUUGUAGUACCUGAUGUGGAAGGAAGUAUGGCAGAAAGAGCAGCCCAUGUUUUCUCCUUUGGCAACCAGAAUUCCACACGGUUCUGGUUUCCAUGUGUUGACUCAUACUCUGAGUUGUGCACAUGGAAGCUGGAGUUUACUGUGGAUGCCUCCAUGGUGGCAGUGUCCUGUGGGGACCUAGUGGAGACCGUCUACACCCACGAUAUGCGCAAGAAGACCUACCACUACAUGCUGCCCAUCCCCACUGCCGCCCCUAACAUUUCCCUGGCUGUGGGGCCCUUCGAGAUUCUGGUGGACCCCUACAUGCAUGAGGUGACUCAUUUUUGCUUGCCUCAGCUUCUGCCCCUCCUGAAGCACACUAUGUCCUACCUGCAUGAGAUUUUUGAGUUCUACGAGGAGAUUCUCACCUGUCGCUACCCAUAUUCUUGCUUUAAGACCGUCUUUGUGGAUGAGGCUUAUGUGCAGGUCUCAUCAUAUGCAUCAAUGAGUAUUUUCAGUACCAACCUCCUGCACAGUGGUAUGAUCAUAGAUCAGACUCCUAUAAGCAGGCGCUUUCUGGCUCAAGCUCUGGCCCAGCAGUUUUUUGGUUGCUUCAUCUCUAGGAUGUCCUGGUCUGAUGAGUGGGUUUUGAAGGGAAUUUCAGGAUACAUUUAUGGCCUCUACCUGAAGAAAACAUUUGGAGUCAAUGAGUAUCGUCACUGGAUUAAGGAGGAACUGGACAAGAUUGUGGAUUAUGAGCUAAAAAUGGGCGGCGUCCUGCUGCACCCCACCUUUUCUGGAGGAAAAGAAAAAGACAAUCCAACUCCCCACCUUCACUUUUCCAUCAGACACCCCCACACAUUGUCCUGGGAAUAUUACAAGAUGUUCCAAUGCAAAGCCCACCUGGUCAUGAGGCUCAUCGAAAACCGAAUUAGCAUGGAAUUCAUGUUGCAGGUGUUUAACAAGCUCUUGAGUCUGGCCAGCACAGCCUCAUCUCAGAAAUAUCAGUCUCACAUGUGGAGCCAGAUGCUGGUAUCCACCUCUGGAUUCCUCAAAUCCAUUUCCAACGUGUCAGGGAAGGACAUCGGACCCCUCAUCAAGCAAUGGGUAGACCAGAGUGGGGUGGUAAAAUUUUUUGGAAGUUUUGCCUUCAACAGGAAAAGAAAUGUUUUGGAACUAGAGAUCCGUCAGGACUACACUUCGUCUGGCACACAGAAAUAUGUGGGCCCUAUUAAAGUGACAGUACAGGAAUUGGAUGGGUCAUUUAACCACACAUUGCAGAUAGAGGAGAACAGUCUAAAACAUGACAUUCCCUGCCACUCCAAAAGCAGAAGGAACAAGAAGAAGAAAAUCCCUCUGAUGAAUGGAGAAGAAGUUGACAUGGACUUGUCAGCCAUGGACGCUGACUCUCCUCUGCUGUGGAUCCGAAUUGAUCCAGACAUGUCCAUCCUUCGGAAGGUAGAGUUUGAACAGGCCGAUUUCAUGUGGCAGUACCAACUGAAGUUCGAGAGGGAUGUAGUGGCCCAGGAGGAGGCUAUUUCAGCGUUGGAAAAAUUUCCCACUCCUGCAUCACGACGUGCUCUUACGGAUAUCCUAGAACAAGACCAGUGCUUUUAUAAAGUCCGCAUGCAGGCCUGCUUCUGUCUGGCUAAGAUUGCUAAUUCCAUGAUGAGCACCUGGACUGGCCCCCCAGCCAUGAAGUCUCUCUUUACACGCAUGUUCUGCUGCAAAAGCUGCCCAAAUAUCGUCAAGACCAACAACUUCAUUAAUUUUCAGAGCUACUUCCUGCAAAAGACUAUACCUGUGGCCAUGGCUCUGCUAAGAGAUGUUCAGAAUCUUUGUCCCAAAGAGGUCCUGAACUUUAUACUGGACCUCAUCAAAUACAAUGACAACCGGAAGAACAAGUUUUCUGAUAAUUAUUAUCGUGCCGAGCUGAUUGAUGCCCUGACAAAUUCACUGACUCCUGCCAUCAGCAUUAAUAAUGAGGUGCGCACAGUGGACAACUUGAAUGCAGAUGUUCGCCUGAUCUUGGAGGAAAUCACACGCUUCCUUAACAUGGAAAAACUGCUGCCAAGCUACCGUAACACCAUAACAGUCAGUUGCUUGCGGGCCAUUCGCAUGCUACAAAAGAACGGCCACAUCCCCAGUGAUCCCAGCCUGUUCAAGACCUACGCUCAGUAUGGCCACUUUGUGGAUGUGAGGAUUGCAGCACUGGAGGCUGUAAUAGACUAUACAAGAGUUGAUAGGAGUUCCAGUGAACUUCAGUGGCUUCUGGAUCUGGUACAAAAUGACCCAGUUCAUUACAUAAGGCAUGAAAUUCUCAGCAUGCUUGCCAAGAAUCCACCUUUCACCAAAGCAGCGGAUUCUUCGUUGUGUAACGAAGCUUUAGUGGACCAACUAUGGAAGCUGAUGAACUCAGGUACCUGUCAUGAUUGGCGUUUGCGAUGUGAUGCCGUAAAUCUGUACUACACUCUGUUUGGGCUGACCCGACCCUCCUGUCUGCCGUUGCCAGAGUUGGGUCUCGUGCUGAACCUGAAGGAGAAAAAAGCUGUUCUCAACCCCACCAUCAAAUCUGAGCAGGGCCCUGGUGGCCCUGAGGUGACCUCGAACAUUACCUUCACCAGCGCUUUAGGUGCAGUUUGUCUACAUCCAGGGACAGAAAAAAAUUGGAUGGUCUUACUCGACAACAAUAUCUGUCAUGAGUUAAGAGCACACCUCUGUGAUUUACAUACGUGCAUCAUGCCGGGUUCAGACUACACAAUAUUUGUGUCUGUUACGAUAGUCACUGUGUCAGAUUAUGUGAUUUUGACUUCUAAAUUCUUGUUGUGUCAUGGACAAAAAACAUGUUAGGCCACACUUUGCUUCCCGACUAAUCAUUGCUUGCCAUCAUUAGGCUUGCUGUGAUAGUCAUGUUACCAGGGUUGUGGCUAAACACUUGCCCACCAUUUUGAUUUUUUAUAGUAAUAAAAAUAAUUUUGUUUAGUUAGAAAACAGACACUACAAUUAAAAACUGAACGCUUCUGCUUAAUGCAGCAUGAACUGAAUAAGAGCCACAGCACAAAUCAGCAGCAGGAGACAGAUUUCAUUUAUCACAUGACGAGAGGUACUAGCUGACUGACAAGACAGUGGUGGAUUUGGUUUUAAAGCGAAAUGUAAAAGCGCCUAUUUGGCAAUAUUUUGGAUUUAAACCCAGUGCUAAUAGGGAAUCUGCUAAGGGUUAGUUGUGUUUUUCUUUAAGAAUAAUCGUGAACCCACCAGUCAAGCAAUUGCCGCCGCAGAAUUGCCACUAAAUCGAAAGUAAACUAAAGUGAAAGUAAAAUGCGCACAGCCGCACAGGCAUUCAUAAUGGUGCAUGUCCACUGGCGUGGAGCGUGAAGCUUGACUUCCAUAGGAAUGAACUGAAAACGCUCACAUGAGGCAAAUUAGCAAUUUAAAAGCGGGGUGCAAAAGAGGGAAAACAUCAGUGUCACAGAUGUGACUAGUUGUGUGAUAUCAAAAAAAAAUUAAACUUGCUAGUCUUUCUGUCGGGACGGUGUAAAGCAUCACAGACGCUGUGUUGGUUGUUGUCCUCUGUGGCACACUAUACGAGAUAAAAUGAUCAAUUCUUGUGUCCUGACGCCCAUUGUCAAUUAUGAAUCACCACAAACCCUAUGUCAAAUGAUUUGUGCCAAAAUCAGGCUGAUGUCGUGUAUGAACCCGGCAUAAAGUGGCAGGUAGAGGAAAAUGUUGACGUUAUGAAUGGGGCGAUUUUAAAUCUUGGCCUUUCAGAAGGGUGGAAAACAAAAGCUCUUUUAUAAACCAUUUUAAAAUGGGCAGUUAAUUUUGAGAUAUGAAAUUGGCAGGAUGUUUUCUUUAUCAUGAACAUUUUGAUUUUCUGCUUUAUGACCCCUUUGAAGUUUUAGGUAAGUUUAGAUUGUAGUUAUACAGACUUUUUGUUUUGUGUAUAAUGAAAUGCUUCACCAUGACAUUCAGCACACAUCUUGUUUUCUGUUGGCUACACAACAGAAUCAACACAGAGAAUGUAUCAGUGUAAAUGUGCCCUUCACUACCUAUGAUAUCCCUUAAACCUUGUAUGUGGUUUGGUAGUUGAUAGAAAGAAAAAAAGGCCCCUGAUGGAGCAACUGAAAGAAAUAAAUUCAUAAAUGUACUUUUUCCCAUUUUUAUUUUUUUGUAUUUUUAUUAUUUGGUCCCACUUUAUAUUAGUUGCCUAACUACUGCUGUUUGUACUUGCAUUAAAAAAAAUGUUACAUCCCUUGUAAUGUUACAAAGUUUUUAUUAUAAUUUGGGGCUAGGGGAGAUUGGGAAAAUAACAUUUAAAAGGUGUGCGUGUGUAUAUCAAGUGGUAACCUCCCCCAGUUUCUCUUGAAGCCAAUACGGAAGUGACUUAAACUGCGAUUUAUUGACUGGCUGCUAAGGACAGGCUCCAAAAGAGAGCAGAAUCUCAUUGAAUCCCAUGUUAAAAUGGCCAACUUUACAGCAGGAAAAAAAACAUGUUUACAGCCUGAAUCAAAUUGUGGUUUUGGUCU